AUGAGUAAUACAUCUGUAAAACGCAUAUCAGAGUGCUUCAUAAAGCCAUUGCACGACCUCUCACCGGAGGCGAAGCAGCCUUUGCACCUCACACCCCUUGAGUUGUUCGCCCUCAACGUCAACUACAGCCAAAAAGGUCUCCUCUUUGCAAAGCCACCACCAUCGGAAAAUCAAGAUUUCUCCAUAAACGCAUACCUGGAUGACCUCCAACGCUCCCUCUCGGCCACCCUCGACCAUUUCUACCUGCUCGCCUGCCGUUUGGCCACUAAAAUAGAAGAAAGCCCACAUUCAUAUGUCAUCUACUUAGACUGUAAAAACAGCCCUGGCGUCAAGUUCAUCUACGCGACGGCUGAUGCUACCAUAUCAGACAUCCUUCAGCCUGGCGACGUACCCGUGGUUGUUCGUUCGUUUUUUGAUCUUAAUAACGCCAUUAGCUACGAUGGUCACACAUUGCCAUUGUUAUCCAUUCAAGUUACAGAGCUUGUCGAUGGAAUCUUUAUCGGUGGAUCCAUCAACCAUGUACUCGCUGAUGCAGCCUCUUUCUGGCAUUUCAUGGGUGCUUGGAGUGAAAUAUUCAAAUCCAAAGAAGAAUCUUUUGUCUCAAUCUCUCGACCUCCGGUAUUCAAACGAUGGGUCCUGCCUGGGUAUGAUCCUAUUAUCAGUCUCCCGUAUACACACCACGAUCAAUUUAUAGAAAGACUCGAAGCUCCACCACUUGUGGAAAGAUUCUUCCACUUCUCCUCAGCCUCGGUCUCUAAACUUAAAGCAAAAGCAAACUCCGAAUGCAAUACUAAUAAAAUCUCAAGUUUACAAGCAGUGAUCGCGCUUUUAUGGAGGUGCGUUACCCGUGCCCGGCGCUUAUCAGACGACGAUGAAACUAGUUCAAACUUGAUGGUAGGUAACCGGCGACGGAUGAACCCACCUCUGUCUAAUGAUUAUUUUGGUAACCCAGUUGGUAUGGUGAGGGGAACUGCAACGGUCAGGGAAUUGAUGACGAAUGGGCUUGGGUGGGCGGCUUUCCGGUUAUACGAAGCGGUGAUAAAUUACAACGAUACAACAGUUAAGGAAAACAUUGAGUCAUGGAUUAAAAAACCGUUCAUAUUUAAACGAAGUCAGAUGAUAAAUAAAAACAUCAUUCUCGUUUUGAGCUCACCAAGGCUUGACAUGUAUGGGUGCGAAUUCGGGCUAGGGAAAGCAUUGGCGGUUAGAAGCGGGUGGAUGAACAAGGACGAUGGGACAAUUACAAUGUAUCCCGGACGGGAGGGUGGUGGGAGCAUGGAUGUGGAAGUUUGUUUUACUUCUUCACAAACUAUGAUGGAUCUUGAUUCCGAUGAGGAAUUCAUGGAUGCUCUAAAGAUUGAAUGA